AUGGCGAACAACAUUCUCUGGAAGUUGCGCUCUGGAUGCUUGUUUUCUGACGAUGACAUUAAGAAGAACUUCGGUUUCGCUUCAAAUAAAAGAGGAAUAAAACAGGCAGAUGCAAUGCAGAAGCGUUACAGGCAAUGCUUAGAAUUGAUGAAAGCUUGUUUGGCUGGCAUCUCUACCGCUGGUUUUGAAAAGUACGAUCGAGUUUUAUGCGCGUGCGUCGACGUGGUAGCAGAAACUGCACCUCUUCUAACGAAAACGAAAGCCGAAUGGAUCAACUCGGUAUCAGCAGAGCUAGUGAAGCUUUUACUUAUUUCUUUGAGACAGGCGACGAAAGCUAGCGGUACGCACGACAUCAUUUUCAAAUGUGGAAAUACGUUGAGAUACGUGAUGGAACUGAUAGACACAGACUGUCAGCAGACGCGUGACAUGGAAGCCGUAACGAGAGACUCGUACGAGAUAAUGUGGAGGGCAAGCAAGAAGUACGACGGAAGUGAAUGCUUGACGUUGCGAAGAGAGGCUCUGUUUCUGAUCUGCAAUGAAGACGUUGAUUUCAAUUGGCUCUCUAGAAGAGUCUAUGAAUGUAUGGAGAUGGUGGAUGAUGAGGAUACGGCAGCAGUAAUGCAGUCCGUUUAUGACUCUCUUCUGCCACUCAUUCGAGAAAAGUUUGAUGCUUCAACUAGAGACGAACUGUUGUCCAUCGUGAAACUGCACUUGUGGCAUAUUCAGACUUGCUGCAUUUUGGGUCAGUUUGACGUCGCUCAAUUCACAGGUGGUGAGGUUUUGACGCUUUUGGACGGUCAAAGUGAGAACUCUACAAAGCAUCUUGCUUGCUCACUGUGUCAUCUGUGUAUUGGAAGUAUUCUAGCGGCAAAGCAAAAACAUACAUGCCAAGAGUUUGAAAAGUCUGUAGAGUUUGUCAGAAAGCUGCUAUCAUCAGGCCGGAAGGUUGAGAAGAAUCGUCUAGAACUUGUAAAGGAAUGUCUGAGAACUGUAAGACUGGCGCUAGAUGUUGUCGCUGAGAGUGCUGACAGAAUGCUAGCACAAGGCUUUGAUACGUGUCUCAUUGUGUAUUGUGAAUUACUUCAAUGUGAAAAUGAUGACACAGACCAGCUGGAGCUGAUGCGAUGCUUGAUACUUCAUGCUCAACUUGUUUCAUCUAAUGCAAUUCGGUGCAGUGAGAAACUGAUGAGAGCUGCUGACAUUCUCUCUUGUGUUGAAGUUGAAGUUGCUGAUGUUGAUCGAUUGACAUCUACUGCUCUUCAGUGUGUUCAAAAGUUGUGUGAAUGUGGCAUGAAACGAGAUGCAAUAAACUUGCUGGAGAAGCACACGGAUGUUGUCAGCACUUGGUGUCACAACUGGAGACAGUCUGAUUCACUGAUGAAUGUUCUAAUACAGGUUGAUUUGAUGUCACUUUAUGUGAAAUUGUCAGUCUUACUGAUAUCUGAUCAUCAGUUGUCUCAUUCCCUUCAUGUCUUGACUGCGGCUUUAUCCCUUCUGCCUUUGUCACUGGUGACUGAUGAGAGUUUGCCUGCUGACCUCAUUGAGCAGUGGGUUGCUCAAGAACUCAAGAAGAAGGAACAAGCAUCACAAUACGCUAUAAAGAGUGUGUUGGAAGUAAUUAGCAAGUCAUCAGACGUGUUGUCGUCAGAGAAAGAGGGAUGCGGUUUGAUGGUCCAGGCUGAACUGGACUGUUACAGACGACAAUCAACAUGUAUUGCCAGAGAGCAUAUGGUAAAGGUUGUUGGUCAGCUAAUUGACUUAUGGAGUUCAUAUGAACAUUCUGACAGAAAGGGUCAUGCACUCAUACAGAAGGGGCUACUUAUCAAGCGGUCUAAUGCAAAUGAGGCUUCUGGCUGUUUCACUGAGGGCAUUCAAUUGUUGUCACAAAGAGAUGUGGUGUCAUACGCUCAGAAGGAUGCCUUAGCUACUGCUUAUCUCUCUUUGGCUCUUUGUGUGUACGAGAAGUGUGGAAAGAAACAGGAUUCUAAGCAUGAAGUAGACAGCACUGUACGUGUUCUCAAAUUUGAUGAUACUGAAUGUGACGAAACUCUUAACGGCUCUUCUCGUCCUGGUAUUGAAACAGUGAAGGAGAAUUUGUCACUCGCAUUGGCUACUUGGAUACAGUUGAUCAGCAGCAUUGCAACAGAGGAAUUGGCAACCUGCAUCGAGUCUUGUGAAAUUGCCUGUAACAACAUUUUAACAACAGGACGAUUGUUGCAGCUCUUAGAUCAGCAUAUCUUGGCAGUGAAGGCUCACUGUCUUGCUCUUAAACUUUGCUCAGUUCUGGCCAAUUCGUCUCUCACAAUCUGUACUCUUUGUACAGCAGUGCGUCUUCUUGUGGAUAUAGGGGAGUUGGGUCGUGCGGCCACUCUUCUACAAGAGGCUGAGGAUGAGCUGGGAUGCAUUGCUACACCGCCAGAGUGUCUAGUCUGCACGGUAGAUGUUGAAAAGUGUUGGGUGUUAUGGCAUCAAGGCAAGAUUAGUGAAGCUUGCCAGUGCGCAAUGGAUCUGUUUGGGCGACCACUGAUGGAGCAGAGAUAUCAGAUCUCGUUUAUUCUUCAAGCGAGGCUCUAUUCAUUGUGUAGCUGUCUUCUAUCUGUUGAGUCAUGCGAUCCUUCUCUUAGUGUUUGUCUAAAGAAGAGAAUGAAAUCAUUUCCAUUGACAAGGCUGGAACCAUUGCUGGAUGCAGUCAACAUCUGGACGAGCCUUGCCAAUGUGAAGAAGAUUGAUAGGAAAGGAACAGAGGUGUUACUUACAGAUCAACGACCCGACCUUGUAUGGGUUGUGUUGAACGAAUUGAUGAAAGCGAUCAUACAUCUAAGCUCUAUUUACUUUGAACAGCAGCUUUCUGCUAACUGCACUGGCUUACUGAAUGAUGGAUUGCACAUGUCAGAGGCAUUUGAAUUGCAUGGAUGGCAAAGUCGCUUUCAUCGCUGUCUCAGUGAUAACUAUGCUGUGAUGGGUGACACUGAAAAAUAUGAGCAUCACUUGAGAAUUGCCGAGGCGUUGAAGUCAACAGAAGUGGAAGAUCCUGUGGCAGUUAAAGACAGAAUUCUACUUAGCCUAGCACAUACCAGAAGUGGCACGUCUCACACAGAUCAUUUGACUCUAGUUGAUGAGUUGUGCUUAACAUUGUCUGGUUAUGUUGAAAAGUUUGAGGACAGUCUGAAGAAUCAUGACCCUCAAAUGAUUUUACCAAUCAAGAAAAAGGAAAAGAUAGCAGUUCAUACUAAGGGGCUCAAACGAAAGAAGAAGCAACCACCUGUUGUUGACAAGAACAAGUUGCUUACUGUUUGUCUUAUUGAAGUCCUGGCAGUGAAAGCUGAAUUGUGUCUUGCUGACAAGGAUUUUUCUCAGUGUGUUGAGUUGAGUGAGAGAGGAAUGACCGUGAUGCAUGUCAAUGAUUGUAGAAGGGAUGAGCAAUGUCAUUGUCCAUUGUUGGUCACAGAACCAGUGUUGGCAGCUCGAUUGCUAUACUGUCGCUCUGCUGGCUCUCUUGGUCUUAAUAAUGAAUCUACAGAGUCAGUUUGUGUGUGGUUGGAACAUGCUUUGUCUCUCAUUCGCCAUUGCAGUCCUGUGCAGCUUCUGCACAAUAUCUGUCAUUGCCUUGUCUAUGUCCACGCGGGAUCAAAUUCUUGGGAGGCCGCUUAUUACCUUCAUCUGUCAGCAGCAUGCUCUUUGAACCAUCAAGCUGUUCGUGUCUGGACAGAGCAAAUUCGUAAGCUGAGCAAGGAUGGCGGCAGUCGUGAUGCUGAAGAGUGGUUGGCAUUGUUGCACUACCAAAAGAGUAUUGUUGCUCAUGUACUGACACAAUCAACAGAAUUGAAGAGUCAGAUUUCUGAACUGCUUCCACCAGGUUGGUCAGUAUGUGGUUUGGGUAUAUUGUCUUUGCCUUUCAUUGCUUGCCCCGUCUUGGCUAUCACAAGAUUGCAGGCGUUUUCUCAGCCGAUUGUUGUCUUGCAUCAAUUGCAGCAUGAUGAAUCACAGGACAAAUGCAGAGGAAAAGAUUGUGAUUGUGCGGUAUAUGUUCGUGAAAAGUUGGAUCAUCUGCUUAUUGAAUUGAUGGACACAAGCAAGAUGACCAAAACACAUUGGAAAAAUGCACGUACUUCUUUGGACUCGUCUGUGGCGAGUUUAUUAUGUACAUUGGAGGAUAGCUGGCUCGGUUGUUGGAAAGGUUUAGUCUGUGGAGAAGUAGAAAAUGAGAAACUACAACAACAGAUGAAGACAAUGGCAAAGAAAAUUACUGCUUUUGUUUCCAAAUUGACAGGAGUUACUACAGAACAAGGAGACUGGAAGACUAUGCUGAAUGGGUUGUCAAGUUUGAGUAACCAGCAAAUUGAAGAUUUUAUUCAAGCGGUCACAGGAGCUGAGUGUCUGACAACAUCAAUCUUGAAUAAAAUUGUGAAGCAAGUAAAGGAUUGUGGCAGUCGUCUUUUUACUUCUAGUUCUGCUGUAAAGCGGUCUCCAGUUAUUUUGAUUCUUGACAAGAGUCUUCAGCAGUUGCCGUGGGAAUCAAUUCCUCUUUUCAAACAUCAGAAUGUGUCUCGCAUGCCAUCACUUGCAAUGCUUUGCUGCCAUCUUCAUGCAACAAAAGCUCGAUUUCAAAUCAACCCACAUAAUGCAUUCUUUAUAUUGGAUCCAGAGAAGAACAUUGGGAUAAUGCAAGACAAAUUUCAGAAAUGGUUUGCAAGCGAGGUUGGAUGGUCAGGGUUGAUAGCUGAACAACCAACUGCUGAUCACUACAGAAAAGCUCUCACAGAAAAAGAUUUGUUUCUAUAUUUUGGACACGGCAAUGGUCGUCAGUAUGUGACUUCUGGUACAAUUGAAAAGCUGAGAUGUCGAGCUUUGACAUUCCUAUUUGGCUGCAGCAGCGGGAAACUAGUAUCUCGUGGCCUGAUGGAGCCCACUGGUCUUCCAUACAGCUAUCUAUUGGCUGGAUGUCCUGCUCUGGUUGGCAAUCUGUGGAAUGUGCUGGACAAGGACAUGAGUAGCUUUGCUGAGGCCGUUCUCAAGCAACUGCUGGCAGAUUGUAAUGACGUCUCCUUGACUGCGGUGAUUUCUGCUGCGAGAUCAUCAUGUAAUUACAAGUAUUUGAUCGGAGCCGCUCCUGUUAUCUAUGGUCUGCCUCUCAUAUUCGAGACCAAAGAUCAGUAACUCGUUUGGCUUUGGAAAGAUUACACUUGGAAGUAUUGAUAAAAUUAGUUUAUUUUCAGGUAAUUAACCCUUCUCAAGUAGUGAAAUUCAUAUGCAAUUCAAUAGAUAUAUGUGUACAUCUAUGUUCAUUUGGUAUUAUCAGAAAUUGGUAUUUCAAUUAUUAACUACCAGAGUUGACUUUUUGUUCACAGUGUAUGCUGACUUUUUCAAUUGGUCAUCUGUCUUCAUAUUCUCGUGGUCUUCACAGACAACACGACACCUAUAGGCAAUUAGUUACUUCCUGUUCAUGUACCAUU